AGCCAUUGGCUGCCGGCGAGCCCGGCGCUCCCCCGGCCCCUGUCUCCCCGGUCUCUUGAGGAGCCCGGGAAGGAGGCUCGGCUCGCGCUGCCGGGACAGGGGCUUGCCGGGACCGGGCUGCGGCAAUCGUUAGCGGGCCAUGUCGGCUGCUCAGGGCUGGGACCGGAACCGUCGGCGCGGAGGAGGCGCGGCCGGCGGGGCCAGCGGGGGUAGCGGGGCCGGCGCGGCCGGCGGGGGUCGGGGCACCGGCCAGCUCAACCGAUUCGUGCAGCUCUCCGGACGGCCGCACCUGCCAGGUAAGAAGAAAAUACGAUGGGACCCAGUUAGGAGACGCUUCAUUCAGUCCUGUCCCAUCAUAAGGAUCCCUAACAGGUUCUUGAGAGGCCACAGACCUCCCCCAGCCCGCAGUGGACAUCGUUGUGUGGCUGAUAAUACCAACCUCUAUGUGUUCGGAGGGUAUAACCCAGACUAUGAUGAAUCAGGAGGCCCAGAUAAUGAAGACUACCCUCUCUUCAGGGAGCUUUGGAGGUAUCAUUUUGCAACAGGCGUGUGGCACCAGAUGGGCACAGACGGCUACAUGCCCCGGGAAUUGGCAUCUAUGUCAUUGGUGCUGCACGGGAACAACCUGCUAGUGUUUGGAGGCACGGGCAUCCCAUUUGGUGAGAGCAACGGCAACGAUGUCCAUGUCUGUAACGUCAAGUACAAGAGGUGGGCUUUACUCAGCUGUCGGGGGAAGAGACCCAGUCGUAUAUAUGGACAGGCCAUGGCUCUCAUCAAUGGUUCCCUGUAUGUCUUUGGGGGAACAACCGGCUACAUCUACAGCACAGACCUGCACAGGUUAGAUCUCAACACCAUGGUGUGGACACAACUCAAACCAAACAACCUGUCCUGUGACCUGCCGGAGGAGAGAUACAGACAUGAAAUUGCUCAUGAUGGGCAGAGGAUUUACAUCUUGGGAGGAGGGACUUCCUGGACAGCCUAUUCCUUAAACAAGAUCCAUGCAUACAACCUUGAAACAAAUGCAUGGGAGGAGAUCGCAACAAAACCUCAUGAAAAAAUAGGUUUUCCUGCAGCCCGAAGAUGUCACAGUUGUGUUCAAAUAAAAAAUGAUGUGUUCAUUUGUGGGGGCUAUAACGGAGAAGUGAUCCUGGGAGACAUCUGGAAGCUGAAUCUGCAGACGUUUCAGUGGGUGAAGCUCCCUGCCACCAUGCCAGAGCCCGUCUAUUUUCACUGUGCAGCUGUCACGCCCGCUGGUUGCAUGUACAUUCACGGAGGAGUCGUGAACAUCCAUGAAAACAAACGGACUGGGUCACUGUUUAAGAUCUGGCUGGUGGUACCUAGCCUGCUGGAACUGGCGUGGGAGAAGCUGCUCGCGGCCUUCCCCAACCUAGCAAACCUCUCCCGAACACAGCUUCUGCACCUUGGACUAACACAGGAACUCAUCGAGCGCUUGAAAUGAGAGUUUCUGGACUGUUCAUUGAUACUGGAAAUGUUAAUUUAAAGAGACUCUUUAUUUAUGGGCAGUGUAGAGUGUGCUACAAAGAGGACUGGUUACCCUGAUCAAGGCCUUAUUCAGAAAAUACAUCAGAUGCCUUUCCAUGAAUGGGUUUAAGUUUAUGGACAUCUUAUUUUCUCAUGUGCUUUCUUCUUUGCUUCCCUCCUUCCUGCCCCGGAUGCACCACAUAUGCAUUCCCUCUUUCUUGAUGGAGCUGAGGGAAGAUCUGAAAGUACCUUAAUGAAGUGAGGAAUCAAGAAAGAUCAUUUUUUAUUUUAUUUUAAAGAAAUUCUAACCAGAAUGACCAUGUCAGCUGAUACCACAGAUUAAAGCAUUAUCAUCAACAAAUACCAAGUUUAAAAAGCCAGCAACAAGUCUGAGAUAGAGUGAGAAGACUGACCUGGAUAAUCUUGUAGGUUGUUCUUAAGUGUGGAUGUUGAAUUAGUGUUUAAGAUGUGUCUGAGUGGCUGGACUCAGGCAGCAGUGUUUGAUGAUCUGGUGCAAAUAUACUUACCCUCGACAAGCAUUUGAUCAGUGAGCCCCUCAACUUUGUGAUACCCCAGUGGUUAGCAUUGACUUGCUGAGGUUCAGCAUUGUCUGUUACUGUCACGUCGUUGUCUUUUAAAGUAAAUGUAUGGCGUCAAGUUCUUUCCAGGCAGUGUUGAACUUCCCCUACGCUUAUUAGUGGCUUUAAAUAUGUCUUAGCCUCUUCACGAGGAACUGUAGAUUCUAAGUGCGUGGUGUAGAUGUCGAAGGACAGUAGAAUAGAGCAUAGCGCCCGCACCCUUCAGACGCUUAGCUUCGGCUUGGGGCGAUGGGCUCUGACUAUCAUACCAGCUGUUUCCUUUUUAGAAGUCGUUUCUUUCCAAUCUCUGGGCCAUGUCCUUGCAUUUGCUCAAGCAGUGGUUCUGGAUUCCCUCCUGAGCUUGUUGCCUCCUUUGCUGUCUGCUUCAGUGUACACGAUGCUGUAAUUGCCUGUAAUUGGAUAAAAGGUCUUAAGGGAAGACGCACAGCUUGUCCUUCCUCAAGAAGCAAGUGUCAUUUGAACCCAGCAGGAGUGAGACAGGAUAAUUUGCUUGUUUGUUUGUUUGUUUCCGUGAGAGAUUUUAGUUCUGGUCUCUUUUAUUUAGUUAAAUCUAGGGAGAAAAGUGACCUAAGUUUUCACUAGUUUUGUCCUCAGACUACUAGAAGAGUUGAGGGGGUAGCUUGUGUGAGCCUGUGGGUAUCCAUAGGUGUAGUCAAGAUGCAGGAGGCCCACUUGCAGGCCCACUACAGAGGAGACACAUGCAGGAGAUUUUGAACACAUUUUUCCUUUAAGUGCCUCUUUUUCACCUAGCUUUAACAUUAUUCUUUUAGCCCCAAAGCGAUCUCUUUAAUUUGUGUGGAUUUAAAGUCACCUUUAAUUUAUAGUUAAAAAGUUCCUGCCCCGUGCACAGUCCACGGGAGGUCUUUUGACUUCUUCUCUCGACAGGCCUUAUGUCCUGUCCAUGUGGGCUGUCGGUAGAGCCUUUGUUCACCGUCCUGUGAGAAGCACUUAUCUGUGAGUUUGGGUCACUUCUGAGCAGGGAGGGAAUGGAGCUGCUCUUCUAGGGGUCCCAUCCCCCAAAUCUCGCCAUUCCCUGUUGGUGAGGCUUUGACCUCCUACCAUCAAGGAGCCCUCUCCAGAGUAAGUCAGCCUGAGCCGCUCUGUGAGUUCAAAACUGUGUGACUCCAGGCCAGGCCUUUGGACCAUGGCAGAACUAUAUCCCGAACUAACAAGCCAUGUUUUCUAGGAUGACAGGAUUUUUGUCAUUGGUUUGAUUGUUCAGCCUCUGUUUUGUCUCGCACGGUCCUUGGAAUACAAGCAGGCCGCUGGCUCUGAUCCACUAGAACAGAGUGAAGAGGGGCCUGACUCAAGCUGACUUGCUGGCAUCCUUUUCAGCCUUUCGGAGGUUGUCUUCUUUGAGAUGGAUGUUGGAGGCCUGACAUCGACGACCAUAUGUGUCUUAUAAGUCCAUGUUUGGUCUAAAGUCUUUAGUGAAAUGGUGCGGUGAGCAGCAGUGAGUGCUGUAAGCCGCUCGUAUGCACGAGUUCUGGAUGCCAAAUGACUGUAGAUCAGGCCUUAGAGUAAAGGGGACUGGAUUUUCCCGAAGGGUCACCAGCAUUUUAGUUUCUCUCUAACCAGCCCCUGGGUUCCCGACUGCAUCACCUGGCGUGGGGAAGGCGACGAUGCCUGCUGCCCCUCUGCCUCUUUGAGGUGUGCCGGGCAUCUCCCUGCAGUCCUGGAAAUGGAAGUGCAAUAUGUAGAAACAUGGUCUGAUCAGAUUAUGUAGGAGUGAUGACGAUAUAGCCACUGCACUACUUUUUGUGCCUAUCUUGGGCAAGUCACCUUACUGCUUUACAGGAAAAUUAUGCCAAGGAUUGUCAGUGUGAUCAUAAGCCAACUUCUUGAUAAAGCUGGAUUUUUUCAAGUCCAUGUUUUCUUAUUCUAGUUCAUAAAAAAGUUACUGUUCCUUGGUUUGUUAGAGGUGGGAUUUUUUUCCCAUCCCUGUUUAUACUGCCUUCUAUUUGCAUGUUUUGCCCAGGAAUAAGGAAGUUCGCUUGAAAGUAUUGCCCAAGUGAAGAAUUAGAACCUAAUAUUAAUACACUAAUUUAUCUGGGAAUAUAAUACCUUAUUAAAUGGUGCUUCCAUCACUAUAAGGUAUUUUCCACUUCACAGAAAAACCAGUAUAUAAUAGAUUGGAUCUUUGCCUGCUUUCCACUGGCGGGAAGCCCCCUUUAAUGACCCGGUGACUCGGUAUAAAAGCUUACUUUAUAGCAUUCAUGUCCAGUACAGAGCUAGAUUUAAAAACUAUAUAUGUAAAAUUAAAAUAUUAACAUUUCUAGAUUAAACGUAAGCCUUUGAUUAUCCACAGUCGAAAGAUGAAAGCACAGACAGUUGAAAUCCACAGAAAAUCAGUGUUUCAACUUUUUUGUUAAGCAAUCGAUUUCUUUACAUACCUUUCCCCAUCCUACUCCUCCCCCUCUCCUUUUUAAGGGACUAGUAGUUAGGAAAGGAAAGGAAGCUCGGAACAGGGGCUAGCAGCAGCCACCACUCCAGUGGCCCAGGUAGCUUUCGAGGUUGAAGCAUGAAGCCACAGGUGGUAACCCUGAGGCGCCAUGGUGCCCUUGAGCAUGGUCUGCUGCUGAGUUCUCUACUGCCUCCUGACCAGAGAACACUUCCUUCCUGUAGGAAGAAAAGGCCAUGUCUCACAGGAACAGGAAACCCAUCAUUUGAACACAUUUCUUUGGUUCUUGACAAACUUGCUUUUCCGUUUUUUUCCUUUGGUGUUGCCUUCUCCAUUCUGAUAGACAGCCUGGUGUGCAGGAACGGCACACGACCCUCUUGGACUGUGUUGGGUUUCUCUCCUCUAGAGUCAGUUUGGUUUUCUGUGGUCUUGGUGACACUUACAGUGGCCCUCUCACCAACACUCUGAUGUAGCACAAAAAAACCAUUUUCCCUUUUGUUCUUUCUUGUGUUCUGGUGUUGGACUCGAGGGUGAAUGAGGGUUUAUUGUCAUAGCCAUGCAUUUCAAGAACUGGUUACCAUAGGUGUAAAUUCCAUUGGUCCCCAGGUACCUUAGAACUCUGGAAGCGUUGGCAGGGUCUGAAGCAGGCUCGGUGGGGUUCUGGAGCGUCCAUGUGUAUAGACACCCUUCUAGUUUGUGCGAUUUGGAAGAAAAACAUCUCCCCUUGUCUCGUGUCAUAAGCAGAGUUCUGCGUUGUGCUUCAGAGGCAGCGCCCUCUUCUCGGGUACUUCCCACGUGAGUGUUGUUAAACCUUUGAGAAGGGUUUUAAGGCCCUGCCUAGUCUGCACAGGCUGAGUCAGAGGCCGUUUUCUGAGAAAAGGCCAGUUUCACUAAGUAGCUGUAAGUGCUGUUGUGCUAGUUACUUCAGGAAUGGAGAGGAGGCGGCAGGAAGCCCGGGCUGGUGGGGUCGCAGGGAGAGUGCAGGCAUCUCCUGGAGACACUGGAGGGACAGGCUGGAAAGGAAGGCCUCUCUUUGGAGUUGCUCUGAGGCUGGCCCAGGCUUGGCUCUUCCCGCAGGGUGCGAGGCCAUACACAGUGCUUGCCUUACUUUAAAGCUACUUGCCACAGUCCUGUUAAAUAGUGUGGAUGUCCUUUUGCAGUCUGGUGUGCAUGCCAUGUGAUCAGGACAGCUUUCCACCUCCCCUGGUUUCCUACAAGCAAGUAAACCUACCCUGAAAUGUCCAGUCUGUACUUAUGUACCUUGUCAGUGUUUGCUGUUGGUUUCUAAAACAAUCUGAUCAAUAAAUCUCUAAACAGA